AUGUCCCUCCCAAUAAUAUACGAUCCAGUCUCAAAACUGGUAUCUAUCGAAGAAACAGCUGCUGAAGAUAAAGAACUACAAGAAGAAAUUGAUCAAUUGAACAGAUUAGCUAAAGAUUUAAUAUCAACAAAUUCAGAAAUCCCAGAAUCUCCAGAGCCAUCAAAACAAUUAUCUCCAAUGAUUAAAAAACUAGUCACAUCAGGUGUUGAAGCUCUUAAAAAAAGAAAAUUCCCAGAAGCUAUUAAACAAUUAAGUCUUGCCAUAGAGAUGGCUAGUAGAAGAUCAAGAUGGGAAGCAUUUGCAGUACAAUUACAAGAAUUAAACAGUAUCUUGGCUGUGAGAUGUGACGCUUACAUCAUGAAUAAACAAUGGGCGGAAGCUUAUAACGAUGUGGAUAUGUUGUUGGGGACUCAAGUUACUACACCUGAGAAUUUCUUGAGAAGAUCCGUUGCUGCUUUUAAUUUAGGUAGAUUACAACAAGCUAAAGUUGAUUUGGAAAGAGGAUUAUGCUUUGCUGAAAAUGACCCAAGAUUGAAAGAACAAUUGAAUAAUGUGAAUAAAGCUAUUGCUAUGGAAUGUGGUGAUUUAUGA